UGGCAGCACUGCCACCAGCCGAACGAAUUGAAUCAAAUAAGACCCGCAUGGAGAGCAUGUAUGAAAAUCAACAAAGCUUAUGAUAGAUUGAAUUAAUAUAAAUAAAAUUUAAUGAGUUUUUACGCAAUGUAAUCAACAAAUCAAGCAGUUUUUCGUAUUAAUUAUCUUUUUAUCGUGCGCUUACCUACCGUGUGCACGAUAUGUCACAUUUGACAGAUAAUCGAUCAGCUCUUCCUGCUGUCAUCUGCGUUGAGCAAAACAAACUUAUAAACAAAGCUUACUCAUCGCGAUAAAGGAAAACGCCAAAACAACCCGAAAGCCAACAUUCGGUGUAGACUUCAGGGUGGAAUCAUCUGUACAGUGUAGUGUCCUUGGGGCCUUUGGCCUUGGAAUUGACUCCCCCCAAAAAACGUUGUGUGCCAUCUUUUUGAACAGCAAUGUUUUGUUCAUUUACAGGAAAUUGCUGCUGGUUUGGCGGGGGCAUAACCGGAAGUAGCUGUGAAUAGCCACGCUUAUUACGCUGCAUCUACCCGUGCUAAUGGUUGGCAUGAGCAACUUUGUCCUCAAUUCGUCCACGCUGGAGAAUAUUGUUGGUGUUAGUCGUGGCGCUAGCGCCGAUCAGGAACCUGCACGUGACCAUGAGCGGCAGGUACUGGUGGACGAAUUGCUGGCAACGAUGCGACAGUGCCAGCAGCAGUACGGUAGUCACGUCAAGUUAGCCACCGAGGAGGACUCGGUGAUCAGUAAGCUCUGUGACGUAUGGGAGCGUGUCCUGUCGCAUGGGCUCCGUACCACCACCUGGAUACCGUUCAACAUACUCGAAUGUUUGGGUCCGACCGAGGGAAGACCGCCGGUGGAACGGCCCUGCUUUUGGGACUUUGCCUCCAAUCAUCUGACGCGCGACGAGCGGGAACGUUUCUGUAAUCUGCAGCACGUCGUUACACGGCGAGGACGAGCCCGGGCAUUGUUGCGUGCAUUUCUCAACGAGCACGCACUGGAACGGUACGUCUUGAUGUGGCUGGGCGAUGCGGAACUGCUCGAAACACACUACGAACCUUGGGCAAUGUUGCGCCAGGUGGAGGUACAAUCACUGCUACCGAGUGUGGCGGCCGGACUUGGAACUAUUCUGUUUGCGAUCAUCAUCGAUCGGCCGGAAUUGAAUCGUCUCGUUGCCGGGCGUGCUGUGCUCGAACCGAAACCGGAACCGAUCAUCGCUACACGACGGCCGAUCGGUCCGGCACGGAAAGUGAAUGCAGUUCAGCGGGAAAUACUUGAAGAUUCCGUACCGAGACAAUUGACUCCGCCGAACGCUCCAUUACGGGCGGUUGAGACCAAAGUAAAAACACCACCUAACGAUAGCGUCAACUCUGGCAGUAUGGAAACCCCAAGGGAGGAGGUACCGUACACCGUAACGGAGGCUAUACUUGGGUUUCGGGACGAGCUAACGCUUCGUAACGCUUCCACCGACUGGUGUACGGAGGAGCAACCAGGAACGGAACCACCGACGGUGGAAGUUGCGGAAGACAGUAUGCUUAACUACUCCUCUGCCAGUGCCACAACCAGCUCGAUCUCCACCUCAGGCAGUUCGUUUUUUGGUGAAGGCCGUGGUACGGAGGAGGACACCGGUUCGGAUGUUGCCUGCCGGAACCGUACCCGUUCGGGGUCGCUCCUCUACAGCGAACAAGUUGCGAUGCUCUCGGACGAACGCAGAGGCAGCACUGGCGAUGAGAAGCUGAAGCGAAGAAACCAAGAACUGGAAGAGCGUUGCCAUCUGCUGGAGUCACGUGUUGCCGCCCUCAGUCUAGAAAACCACCGUCUGCGUAUGCUCACCAGAACCAACCGACUCUCGGCAGCAUUCUUCAGCUUCAGUAUUCCGAAAGCGAUCCAACGUACCUCGGAUAGUGGCCGAUCACGGCGCCCUUACCACGUGUACGAGAUACGUAUCACACCGUCCGGUGUGAGCGGUUCGACGACGGGCAAUGAAAGCUGGUGCGUGUACCGACGGUACAAUGAGUUCUAUCGGUUGCAUCGCCGUUUGCAAAAACAAUACCCAACCGUUAAAACACUUGAUUUUCCACCGAAGAAAAAAUUUGGCAAUAUGAAUGCCGACCUAGUGGAGCAACGACGCCAGCGGCUGCAGGUGUACUUGAAUGGGCUGUUCGUGUCCGCACUGCCGGAAGUGCUUUCCUGCAGUACACGUGUGCAGUUGGAACAAACAUUUCCAUUUCUGACGGAACAUUCGGUAGCGGCUGGAGUAGCGGGUGCCACUUGAGCAAAAAAAGAAAAAAAAAUCUUUCGUAAUACCGUAGCGGUAAGAAGCAUGUGAUGAACUAUGUACUAAGGAUGGCAAAAAAAAUUGUUAAGUUUAGCUGUAAAACAUAGAACGUAAGAAAAUCACUACGAAUCGCUUGUAAAGCUUGUUCGUGACUAACUGAAACACACAAUACUAAACGUUUCUUUAAUUGUUACUACAUUAACGAUUUAUACAAAACCAAAAGCAUCUCUUUUCUGAUUCCAUUAAAGAAAGCAUAUCGCGUUCUUGUUUUUUUGUUUGUUUGUUAAAAAUCGUUAAACACCAUGACGUUUUGUUUAGGAGUAAAAUGGAAAACAAUGAAACGAUGCUAGUGAAUUAUCUUAACACCACCAUCAUGAGAGAAAAAGUAUUUUAUACCAUACCCUGCAUACCCCUGUAGAGUAGUGAACAGAGAAAAACAAAACAUUACCAUACAAAAAAGCAAAAAAAAAAAAAAUUAAGAAAUGGCGAGCAAAUUAAAAAUAAGGAAAUUUUUUCCUAAUCCAA